UUCCAGUAAUAUUGUACAUGGCUUAUCAUGUUAUAUAGAGAGGGUGGUGACUUUCCAUGCAAAACGCACAAAAAAAUAAACAUAUAAUCAUGAGUGGGAGAAUUAUGGAGAAAUUGAAUAUGUAUGGGUUGAGCCAUCUCUUCAUGACUGUCUUUCUUCAUAACUUAUCGACAUUCAUGGUGCAACCAGCAAUCACCGAUGUAACAAUGGCUGCUCUUUGUCCCGGACAAGAUGAAUGCUCAAUUGCCAUCUAUCUCACUGGUUUUCAACAAGCGAUGAUAGGAAUGGGAACGCUUGUGAUGAUGCCCAUUUUGGGCGAUCUCUCUGAUAAGUAUGGGAGGAAGGCCAUUCUUACGCUCCCUAUGACCCUCAUGAUUAUCCCCUUGGGCAUAUUAGCUUACAGCAGAACGAAAACAUUCUUCUAUGUGUACUAUGUGUUUAAGAUCAUCAUUAACAUGAUUUGCGAUGGAUGUGUUCCUUGCCUCGCUCUAGCUUACGUCGCAGAUAACGUUCCAGAAGGUCGAAGAAGCAGUGCAUUUGGAGUUCUUUCAGGGAUAGGAUCCUCAGCGUUUGUGUGUGGAACAGUUGCAGCUCGUUUUCUAUCCGCUGCUCAAACUUUUCAGGUUUCAACUUUUGUUGCGGUGCUCGGAGCAGUGUACAUGCAAAUUUUCCUUCGGGAUUCAGUCGCCGAUGAAAACCAACUUUAUACCCCAAUCAUUUCACAAGGAAAGCCCCCAAUUGCUAAAAUCAACGGAAAAUCAAAAGCUAACAUGCCACUUUUGAAAGCAUUGAGCUCUUUAAGAGAUAUAACCUCCUUUCUCAAUAGUAGCAAGAUUAUCACUCAAGCGUCAAUUGUUGCGUUCUUCAGCAACCUUGCAGAUGUUGGCCUUCAUGGUUCAAUGAUGUAUUACUUAAAGGCUCGGUUUCAUUUUGAUAAGAAUCACUUUGCUGACUUAAUGAUCAUUUCUGGUAUUGCAGGGACUGUGUCACAGCUUUUUCUUAUGCCUAUUUUUGCUCCUACUUUGGGCGAGGCAAGGCUUCUAUCGAUUGGACUCUUUUUUCACUGUGUACAUAUGUUCAUUUACAGCAUAGCAUGGUCCUCAUGGGUUCCUUAUGCUGCUGCAAUGUUCUCAAUUUUGUUUGUAUUUUCACAACCGUGUAUACGAAGUAUUGUUUCUAAACAAGUCGAUCCCCGUGAGCAGGGAAGGGCUCAAGGUUGCAUCUCAGGCAUAUGUUCGAUUGCACAUAUUGUAUCUCCUUUGGCUUUCUCUCCAUUAACGGCUCUAUUUCUAUCUGAAAAGGCACCUUUUAAUUUUCCUGGCUUCAGUAUAAUGUGCAUUGGAAUUGCUUCGAUGGUAUCUUUUGUUCAGAGUAUGAUGCUUAGAGUGGUUCCUUCCAUUUUGAGUUAGAUGGACAUGGUUGAUCAGAAACCUAAUUUAAAAGAUCGUCAAUAUUUUCUCAAAGUGGAAUCCUUUUUUAUCAAUAGAAACUAUCUUUAAUUGUGCUUUUGAUGAGGAAGAAAGAUGUUGUUGAAUAAGCAUACUCUCACAAGUAUUGAUAAGCUUUUCUAGCUUCAUACUAGUAUACAUUUUGUUUGUUUAUACUUAUAUCCCGUCUUUGUCUUAAUUUUAUUUCAAAAGACACAAAAUGUAAACUUUGAGUUUUGCUGGUAUUCCAUUUUUCUUUUAUCUCUUAACAAUUUAGAAACAGUUAUGAAAUGUGUAAUACAUGUAUGUGGUUAUGUCUUAGAACUCUCUUUGUAGACCAUUGUCAUGUCAGUGAAAUAUGUAUACUAAAGUUUAUGAGUA